UCCAAAACAAGCAGGGAGGAAAGGAGGAAGUUAACUUAUUUUCCAGGCAACUGGGAAGCUCUAUUAAUUUUUUUUUAUAAGAGAGGACAAAACUACGAUGGUCCCUAUGGCUCACUCUUCUUCUAAAUAAAAACACUUCUCUUCUUAGUUAAAACACUUCUCUUCUUAGUUAAAUCACUUUCCUCUGAAAUCUUCUCUUCCGUUCAAAAAAAUUCUCUUCCAAGGUGGGAAACACUUAUCUUCCAUGAACUCAAAAAAUUCCCAGACCCAAUUCUGGUCUGGAAUAUUAAUUGAGCUGGAUUUUGAUAACUAGCGUUUUUGAAUAAAUAACCGACCACAGUCCACCUCAGAGUUUUUUGUGUUUUUGAUAUAUAAGGGAGACAAGGCGUGAAUAAAUGCCAUUGUGGUAUCCGUUUAAGGCAUUCAUUUAUCUUUUUAUUAUACACACGUUUGUUGUAAGAAUACCAAAAUUUUAACCGGCUGCUCAUUUAUUUUUUAUUGUUUUGAACAAAAUACGUACUAAAAUACUGUAGUUAGUAGUAGCAGUAGCUGGAGCAGGUGCAGCAGCAGCAGCAGUAGUAGUUAAUAUUUAUUUAUCAAUAAGUCAUGUACAAUGUAAAACUAAAUAAAUAAUCUUUUGUUACAAAAAUGACUAAUUGAUAGGAGACACACCUAUUAGUCAAAGACUAUUCUGGAGGAGGCCACCAGUGUUUAGUAGAUAAUUAAUGUACUAAAUAACUACCAAUGAAAAACAAGUAAAACAUUUGUUAUAAAUUAGGCAAUGUAAUUACUUAGAAAGAUGCUAUUUUGCAAUUUAGUUAGACUAAAAUUUGAUAGGGUAGCAAGAUCUAGUUCAAGACACAAAGACUGCAGCUCAUUUCAGUGAACAACUGACUGAUAAACAAUAGAAUUAAUACCAUAUUUAGAGGUUUUUCAGUGACUUUUAGCUAAUAAACCCCUUAAUUUCCCCCUAGUGAUGUGAGUAUUAGAGUAGUAUCUGAGAUCAAAAGUAUUACUUAGAGAAAAAUUUUGUCUGUUUAAAAUUUGAUAAAUCGUUAAAACAUUGAAGGAUUUAACACGGUCAAUAAGUUUUAGAAUGCAAAGUAUACUAGUAUACUAUUACGAAAAUUAUACAGCCCAUGGGUGUAAAAUUGUGGACCAGAUUUUUAAUUUUAGUUUGAAGAGAAAGUUUCCAACCACAUGCAGGGUAGUGUUGUGCAGAAGAUAUAGGCAUCAAAAUACAGAAAAGAAGUGUGAAAAUGCAUAGGAGAACUGUUUGGAUCAUAAACGAGAAGUGCUUUUAAAUCGGAAGAAAAGUGAGCCAUAGGGGUCAUCGUAUAAAACACCUAGCUAGUUAGCUAAAUUUUCCAGCAUUUAAUUUUAUUUAUAUUUUAUCUAAAUAGUGUCUUUGAUUGUUUGACCACAGUGUAUUUGUUAUCCUCCCAAGACAAUUGAUUUCUUGAGUCAGUCAGUCAGUCAGUCAGUCAGUCAGUCAGUCAGUCAGUCAGUCAGUCAGUCAGUCAGUCAGUCAGUCAGUCAGUCAGUCAGUCAGUCAGUCAGUCAGUCAAUUUAUUUGUCAGGUAGAGAAUAUUACAAUGUUAUAAAUUGUAUAAGGUGUAACAUUUAUUGUUGCAUCUAUUAGUGACGGGAGGUUGGGUCAACCACCCUAUAAAGAAAGAUAGACAAAUACAAACUAAAGAGGCAGACACAGGGACAUCACAAGACAUGUAAGGAAAAAGAAAGAAACACAAGGGGGGGAUGAUAAAUUGUUAUAGGAAAAUUUGUUGUAAAUUCGAAUCACAGAAGUAUAUGUCGCGGAAAUACAGAAGAGGAUGCAAUUUUAAAAUGCAAUGGUAUAAGUAGUUGUCAAUGAAAUGCCUGAUGAGAAUUGGCUGUAUCUCAAAAGUUGAUUUACUAAAGGAGUCUAAACGGAAAAAUCCCAGUCUUUUACUGAGUAAAAGUGAAUAGAUUUUUAACCAGAAAAAGUUGACCUGUCUAGAGGUAAGUUAAUUAAACCACAUCUACCAGCCCGAGUUUGGUGUACACAAGAAAAAUCAAGUGCAAAUGUAUUUGUAAGACUAAUAGGUAAUAUAUCGUAAGCGAGAUUAUGGACAAAAAGGAUUUUUGAAGGAUGACUAGAUCAAAAAAUUUAGGAAGUCCUAAGUUGCGAUAUAAGGGGCUAGUCCUAGUUCUAUCUCUCAGGACAACAAACGAUAUAAGUCUUACGGAGUGGUUUUGGAGAAUACUGACACGUUGCAUAAGAGUGCCUUUUUGCCAAAAUACAAUAUUUCAGGAUAAGAAGAAUGCAUUUUUUCAAAAACAGUGUCGUCUAUGGAAGAUACAGCUAUAUCUGCAUACGAACAAGAAUUAGGUGCACCUGUUGCUGUGCCAUUCGUUUGUAAUAAGUGCUUAUUUGCGAAAACAGAAUUGUUAUUAUAAAGACAUAGGUCUAACGCAUCCAUAAUGCAUUCUGUCGAUGGUUUCUUAAAUAUUCUUUUAUCCAUGAUUUUUCGCACGGAAUCUAAACCAUUUCUAUUGUCAAUGCUAGGAAACAUGUUACGAUAUCAAAAGAUACCAAUUCAGUGUGAUCAGGUAUGCCUUUUUCGUUAAUUAAAUCAAUAAUGUCCAGUAAGUGAGACAUGUUCUUAAUUCUACUACGCAUAUUUUCAGUAAACGGUGCACAUAUAACUUCAAGAAAUCUAGCUAAAUUCUUGAUAGCAGUGUUACAACCAGAAGUAAGUAAUCGUACUGGAGUACCAGCCUUGUGAGUUUUGUAAAGAGUGGAGUUUUUGCCUGGACAGGCAUUCUCAUUCACUAUAUAUUCUUUCCAUUGCUUUGAUACUUCACCAUUUUUAAACCAUUUUUCAGCCCAAUCUUUCACCAUUUGGUUGUUGUGGAUCAUGUUCUAACGUUAAAGGAACUCCUUUGUAUCUGUUGUUUUGCCUUUUCAUUGUCAGUUAUUUUGUCUACAAUUACGAAACGGUUUCCUUUGUCCUGUGUCCUAAUUAUUAAAUCACCAUCUUUAUUCUAAAGUUGUUGUUUUCUCCAUGUGUUUAAAUACAUUCUCUGAUCCUUAGUCAAAUUAUCUUUUACUGUUCUCCUAGAAGUAUCAUUAAAAAGAGAUCUUUCAAUGUUUGAUAUGAAAGUCUCGAGUUCCGGCGAAUUUGUUUUUGGAGCAAUCCAUGUAGACAGCUUUCUCGGGGGAUUCUUUAUCUCUAUAUUGGAUGUAUCAUUGUUAUUUGAAUUUUUGUUUCUAAAUAUAUAUCGUGUUCUAAUACGGUUUUUGAAAGAGUCGAAGUCUUUUUGGAGUUGAAGCCAAUCGUAAUUCAAUGGCGUUGGAACAAAUGAGGGCCCCUUAGCGCAAAGUUCUUUCAUAGGAGUAGACAUACGUUUAGAGUCAACAUUAAUAAGGAUAGGAUGAUGAUCAUUCAUAACAGUUUCUAAAGCUACCACCUCAGGUGCAGGACUUAGUUGAAUAUCUUGGAAAUUAUUCAGAAGCCGUGAUAUAUUAUUUUUAAAAAGAGAGAUAUUAACUCCACCUCUUACCAACUUUUUUUCUCGUCGCAUUUCUAAUAUAGAUUGAAUUCGAUCAUUUUUCCUUGUAAACAAUGUACGGAUAUAUAAAUCUCGUUCUGGAAAACUCUUAAACAUAACUAGAGCUAUUGCGCGCGCAGCAUCUUCAUGUUUGCAUAUUGAUCGUCUGUAAUAAGAAAUUGUUUUUUGUAAAAGCUUAAUGGAACAUUUUUUUUAAUAUGCUGAAAUACUCACAGCCUUUGAUAUUAGAAUGGAAACGCAACAUAAAACCUUUUGGUACACUAUUGUAUUUAAUGUAGGUUGACAUGAAUACGAUGUGAUGACGGUAUCGUAUAAUCUUGUUAAUACUGGAAAGUAAAUCCAGACUUGUCGCGGCUGUUUCCAGAAAACAGUAUAUUGGUUGCAUAUAAAAGAGAAAAUAACUUAAGGGAUUUAAUAUUACGUGCUGAUCCUUACAACAUCAAGUCCGAUUUAUCAAAUGACAAUGCAGCAGGUUAUGUGAAAUGUAAGAAUAAAAAAUGCGACUCCUGCAAGAAUUAUGUAAUUGAAACCCCUUUUAUAGUAUCAAAAUCAACUGGCAGAAAAUUUAAAAUUCGUCGCGAAAGCAGUUGCAGUUCAAAAAACGUUAUAGACGUUGCUUUUUGUAAAUUAUGUGGUAAGCAGGGUGUUGGAUCCACCGUUGCUUGGAAGCCUCGACUUUCGAAUUACAAAUCCCACAUUAAAAAGAAGAUACCAUCUUGCAAAGUUGUGAAACAUUUUAUUGAUGAAUGCCCUGAUGCUUCCAUGCAAAAUAUUGGGUUUAUUAUAGUUGAUGUUGUGAACAAUGGAGAGAAUUUAACAAACAGGCAAAUUGAUAGUUUGCUAUUAGAUAAAGAAAAAUUCUGGAUAGGGACACUCGUUACACAACAUCAGGGACUUAAUGGUUCUCAUGACUGGAAUAGAACUAAAAGAACAGAAAAAUGCAAGUUGUAGAAACCAUGUGAAAAUUUAUAAGGUAAUGUGGCCUGUUUCAAUACACAGUUGUACACAAUAUUUUUCUUUAUUCAAAUGUAAUGUAUAGGCUUAACAAUCUAUGUGUAGAAUUGUUACAGCCAGAAAAUAAAAAAUUUAAUUUUAAAAUUAAAGGAAAAAAAACAGGAGUUGCUUGAAAAGCUGGAACGCGUAAGGUUUUCUGUUGGAAAGCUAGAUUUUUUGUCUGUGUCUCAAUCUAAUUUAGCUGUAUUUGAAAGCAGGUUAAAUAUUUAAUAAAAAGUAAAAGGUAUGUUUGUUGGAAGAGCCAAUUUCCCAUACACAUUUCACUCAAGAAGACGUCGGAGACAUAGAAGGCAUGGCAAACCAGAAUUUCGUCGUAACAUCCCUUCAGCGUUCUUUGGACUUAUUGUCACAGGUUUAUAUGCUGUAACAAUGGCAGAGCCAAACUGGUUUCAACUGGAGGGUGGAGAAUGCACUGGUAAACAUCUGGGUCUGUAUACAAUUUUUGGGAUGGACGUUGAACAUAUGAAAGAUUCCUGUAUCAAUAACGAUAUACUAACAAAAUUACGAGUUUGUGCAGCUUUAGCCCUCCUCGGCGUCAUUAGCAGCAUGUUUCAAUUCACGUUAGAUGUGUGUGGUACCAGUAAACGUGGUCUAAAGUUGAUCAGGAAGAAUUCGUUUGGUCAUAUACUUUCGGUUUUAAUUGCUAUCACAAUUAUUUGUUUGUGUUAUUGGAUUACUGUGGAUGUGAACAAAUUAAAACUAAUUGGAACUGUUCAAGUUAAAUGUACCUUAGAUAUCGCUUUCUAUUUGGUGAUUGGCUCCGGCGUUGCCGCAGUUAUUGCAACCACAUUGAGUUUAUUGCAGAUCACAUGCGAGAAAAGACAGCCUCGUCCUAGAUAUGGCAGUGACAUGCAGUUACAGCUGAUAUGCCAUAACGAGGCAGAAACAUUUGACAAUUUGCCGCCAGUCGCACCGCCGGCUUACCAAGAAUAAUGUAUAUUAAGUUUCGUUCAACUAUGUAAAUUCAUUUUAUAGCGAUUGUUUUUUACAUACAAAAGUUAAUUUAAUUUCUUACUAUAUAUACUCACGGUUUCCACUCAGUUAAGAAAUAUAAAAAUACGACAAAGAUGGCAAAACGUCAGAAAAGUGGUCGAAAGAAAAUUAAAAAAGCUGAAAUUGGGUUGGGAAAAAGUCAUGAAUAUUGUGUUUCCUUAAAUCAUGUGAUGCUUCCCCUAAUCAGGUCAAGCAUUCACAUUUUUUGCAAAAAGCUUUUUUAUGUUUCAGGAAAAAGUGGAGACAUUUAGACAAAAAAGUAAUAAAGUUUUGAACCUAGUGACAGAGUGGAUACCAUGAUAAUGCAUCAUUUACUUCUUGUUUGAAGUUAUGGGUUAUUUACUGUAAAAACGUUCAGUUGUGUUACGGGAUCAAAAUAUUUGAUAGAAAACAUGUAAAUUUUAUAAUUAAUUUUAAAAUCUUUUCAUAACACUUUUCAAGUAGGGAUUCUGAUGAUUCUCUUGAUAGUUUUUGAUAGAGUAAUGUUAGAAGCAAAUAUGGUUCUAUUUUUUUUACAAACUUCUUCGAUUUUCUUGUUUUAUUUCGUAAAGCUGUGCUACUUUCUCUAUUUGCAUUUUCUGCUAGCAUGAUGCGGUUGUGUUCGUUUUUACCCUGGAACAUAUUCCAGGUCGAAAUUUAUCAUUCCCAAAGCUGUUAUGAUGACUUACAAUCCUUUUGAUGAUUGUGAUGAGAUAAUUUUUCUAUUUUUAUACUGUUCUUUUGUGAAUAAAGUUUACGUUUCAUGUAAAUAUAAGCACUUUAAUAAAAAUUACGUGUAGA